AUGGCAAACGACUGUGGCCGCGAGCAGCCUCUGGGAAAGAAUCGGGAGAUUGCUUUCUGCGAUGUGGGCGUUCAUUGCUCCAGGCCCGUGGACUGCGAGCUCUCAGAGUGGAGCUCCUGGAGUGCCUGCUCCUCGAGCUGCGAUGGGAUCCGCCAUCGUUCCCGCGUGGUACGGGUUUACGGAAGGGCCGAUGGCCGAUGGUGUAAGGGCGGCCUGCGGGAGACGGCACCGUGCCAUCCGACUUUCGGCUCCUCGCUGCCACAGGGCUGUGGUCCGGGCCGCGCGCAAGACUGCUUAUUCGGUCCGUGGGAGGCUUGGAAAGAGUGCAGUGCUACCUGCGACGGCGGCGAGCAUGCGCGAAGCCGAGAGAUAGUUCAACAUGCCAAGAACGGAGGACUACCAUGCGAGGGCGACCUCAAGCAGAUCUCCGAGUGCGCCAGACAUGAAUGCGGUGGCCCUGCACCCAAAGAUUGCAUUUUUGGUGAUUGGGAGGACUGGGGCGCCUGUGGCAAGUGCAGCGGACAGAGAAAGAGGUUUCGCAGCAUCCGGCAAUAUCCGACGGCUGGAGGCAAAGAGUGUGAGCUCACGGACACCGAGGAGGCCGGCAAGUGCCCGAGGAGUUGCCACGCGCAGCAUUUCUGUGGAUGGGCAACGUGGGGCAUUUGGGGCUCCUGUUCGGCAUCUUGUGGCCAAGGCUACCGACAGCGGCGAAGGCACCUUCAGCUGUCGGACAACCCGGAUGCCCUUCUGAUUGGCCGCGAUAUGAUCCAAGAGUACGAUGAUCUCGUCCAGAGAACGGAGGAUGCUUUGCAUGCUUGUUUGUAUCUCUGUCCAGCAUGGCCAACCAGAGGCGUGGUCGGUUCGGCUCGAACCGUCAGGCUAGACCGGAAGCGACCGAUGCAUGUUCAAUCGAGAGUUGAGCGACGAAGAAAGGACGAGAGGAGAGGCAAUCGCGAUAGUGAGCAGAACAUCUUUGUGUUUGUAUGGAUCUGCUGUCUUGGCCCGAUGGCGAUUUCCAAGCUGCGCGUCUGGAUGCUAGCGCUGAGCUUAGCCGCGUCAGGAAGGACCUUUCUGCAAUUCUGGAGCUCCUUUGGAGCAACUCCCGGACGGUUGGGGAGCCGUCGAGCAAGGAGGUGCUUGCCUGGGGACUCCGGCGAGAUUUCUAAUUGUUUCUUGAUCAGCACAGAUUGCGCGAAUGAGCGGCGGAGCAAUGCCACAGCAGCUUUGGAAACUGUUUGCAAUCCACGGGUCCGCCUAUUCAAGCGUGACGUGGCCGACGGUGCCCGCGGUUGCUACUUCUCUCAUCUUGCGGUUUACGAGGAGAUCACGUCUGAAGGUAUGCCCUGGGCUGUGAUUUUCGAAGACAAUGUCCUGGCCAUGCUUGACGCGUUGGAUGGGUGGGCGAGUAGAUCUUCCUGGAAGAUUCUGCACCUGAGCCUGGUGCAUUCUGCGGCCUCACUGAAGCUUCGAAAAGAGGAGAAGGAUGUGCCGAUCGUCAGGGUCGAGCGCACAGCACCUGACUGGUACGGUCCCGUUUUGAUCGAACGUGCUCCCGGCCUUGGCACCACGGCUUACGUCAUCUCCAGAGAAGCGGCAAAGGACGUUCUGCAAAGACACGCAGAGACCGGCUACGUGCAGCCCAUUGAUGACUUGCUCGCCGACCCUGGGCUUCCUCCAUGA